CGUGUCAGUGGGUGCGGAGUGGCUUUGGUGGGGUGCCCUGGGAGACCGGCUGAGCCUCCCUUCGAGGCCAUUAAUUCAGACAUGACUCCACGGCCGUUUACCAGGCUCCCGGGUGCCGUUUUCCGCGCGAGUCCUUGGAGAUACGGCCCCUGAUGUCAUGCAGCUCCGUUGGACGGGUUACCCCCCACAAGGGAGGUUACGGGGAAGGUUCAAGUCCACGAAGGGAAGUCGUGGCUUUUUCUUUUAAUUCGCAUGAAUUGUGCCUAAAAUGUGCUUUUAAACGGGGAAGGUGCUCUGAAGAGUUGAGCCGAAACGCCAUCUGCUCGAGGUUUAACUAAUUGUUCUCUCUCUCUCUGGCUGUUGGACGCGCACCUUUCCGGAGGAUGGGGGAGGUAACCAAGGCUGCACUUUGGCGUAAAUUGCAAUCGAUUAGGGAUCGUUUCUCAGACUCGAGUUAGAAGUGAGAGUUCAGAUAAGUGAGGCCGCCAUUGCUGCUUUGAACACCUCAGAAGGGGAGAAUGGAUUUAUCAGGAGUGAAAAAGAAGAGCUUGCUAGGAGUCAAAGAAAAUAAUAAAAAGUCCAGCACUAGGGCUCCCUCUCCUACCAAACGCAAAGACCGCUCUGAUGAGAAGUCCAAGGAUCGUUCUAAAGAUAAAGGGGCCACCAAGGAGUCUAGUGAGAAGGACCGGGGCAGGGAGAAAACGCGGAAGAGGCGCAGCGCUUCCAGCGGCAGCAGCAGCACCAGGUCCCGGUCCAGCUCUACCUCCAGCUCGGGCUCCAGCACCAGCACUGGCUCGAGCAGCGGCUCGAGCUCUUCUUCCGCAUCCAGCCGCUCGGGAAGCUCCAGCACCUCCCGCAGCUCCAGCUCCAGCAGCUCGUCUGGCUCGCCGAGUCCUUCUCGACGCAGGCACGACAACAGGAGGCGCUCCCGCUCCAAAUCCAAACCACCCAAAAGAGAUGAAAAGGAAAGGAAAAGGCGGAGUCCUUCCCCUAAACCCACCAAAGUGCACAUCGGGAGGCUCACUAGGAAUGUGACCAAGGACCACAUCAUGGAGAUAUUCUCCACCUACGGGAAAAUUAAAAUGAUCGACAUGCCUGUGGAAAGGAUGCACCCCCACCUGUCUAAAGGCUACGCGUACGUGGAGUUUGAGAAUCCGGACGAGGCUGAGAAGGCUCUGAAGCACAUGGAUGGAGGACAAAUCGAUGGCCAGGAGAUCACCGCCACCGCUGUGCUGGCCCCAUGGCCGAGGCCACCGCCCAGGAGAUUCAGCCCUCCCAGGAGAAUGCUGCCUCCACCUCCCAUGUGGCGUCGGUCGCCCCCACGGAUGAGAAGAAGGUCGCGCUCCCCGAGACGCAGGUCCCCGGUGCGCCGGCGGUCCCGCUCGCCCGGCCGCCGCCGCCACAGGAGCCGCUCCAGCUCCAACUCCUCCCGAUAAGCAGGCCACCGGGGCUCUGCACCCUGGAACUUCUGUCCCGUCCACUUCAGUUCGGUCACUUGUGUAGCGGCAGGAGGAUUGGUAGGAGAGAAAUUCCUCACUCAGGGCAGGCUUCGAAGGCAGCGAUUGAGGCGUUUCCUCUGAAGGCAGAGUUCCAGCUGCAGGAGCGUUAGUGGCUUGGGGUUGUGCCUGUAAAGACGCCCGCCAGGUCUCUGGCUAGAAAGCUCCCACGUUCGCAGUUCCUCAGAGUCCAUUCAGUGGCAAAGCCAGCAGGGACAACGCAGGGCUCCGGGUGGCAGUGCGGCCCCAGCCCCGGGGGUGGGGGCCGGGCCAGUGGCCUGGUCGUGCCCGAGCUUGCCGGUCUGCGGGGUCCCUCAGGAAGGGGCCUGCUUUCCGUGCGGCUGCUGAUCCUGCUGGCCUGGCCCUGCUCCCCCUGCUCCGGUCCUCCUCCGAUAUCUACAGUCAGACACCCUGUGUUCAUCACCGGAAAUGGUUGUUUUUACAUGUACUCAUGCACACACACCGCAUCCCGCGGCCCCCUUUCUCUCUGCACUUGGUGAACAAGUUGAGAGCCAGCUCCACAGGGCCAUCAAGGACCCCCCCCCCCCCCCUUGUACCUGUCAUUCACUGUGGUCUCGCAGGUUACCGUGGCAACGUGUACAUUGCUUUUUUGGCUUUUAUUGUACAGUCAGUACUAUAAAUUUGUUGUUUUAAGUUUUGUAACUUGUAGCAUUUUAGGCGCUGUUGUGUCUGUACUUUGUUGUGUAGAGUGAAGGGAUUGUGUUGAAUAAACGGGAUUACACUGCA